AUGCCCAUUCUCGGUCUGAAAUCCCCCGGGCCUUCCUCUCCUUCCCACUUUUCCCUUGAAUCCCUCAUUCGGCCCAAUAUUCUCGCUCUACAGCCCUAUCGAUGUGCUCGAGACGAUUACUCCGCAGGUGUCCUUCUUGACGCAAAUGAGAACGCAAUCGGUCCAGCACUUCCCCCUGCCAAGCUUGACUCGAUCGCCGGUCAAACGCUAUCCCUCCUAUCUGAAGCUGAAAUCGCCAGCUUGAAUCGAUAUCCUUCACCCACUCACGACGAUUUGAAGCGAUCCAUCGCGAAAUUCAGAGGUGUCCCGAAUGAAGAGUGGGUAUUUCUUGGUGUUGGGAGUGAUGAAGUAAUCGACAUGCUGUACCGAGUGCUCUGUGUACCUGGAAAAGAUCGGGUGAUGACCUGUCCCCCAACUUACGGAAUGUACAAAGUCACCGCUAAUGUCAAUGACGUGGGAGUGUUGGAAGUGCCGUUGACUACCGAAGGUGGACGGUUCCAACUGGAUGAGAAAGCUAUGAACGAAGCGUUCAAAGCCAACCCCGACCUCAAAAUGCUCUUCAUCUGCUCCCCUGGCAAUCCCACUGGGACUAUAAUCCCCCUGGAUGCUAUCAAACGAGUUCUCGAAAACCCCUUGUUCAGAGGUGUAGUUGUCGUUGACGAAGCAUACAUCGAUUUCUCACCGGAAGGCAGUAGUGCAGCAAAUCUGGUCAAUGAUUAUGCCAACGUUUGUGUCACUCAAACGUUGAGUAAAAGUUUCGGAUUGGCCGCUAUAAGGUGA